AUGGAUUCCGUUGCAGAAUCAUCGAAAAGUAGAAAACGCCUUCGAGAUGAAGAAGAAGAACAACAAGAGAACGAAGCUGUAGAAACUAGCGAAACCGAUCAAACUCUUUCACUCGGGGACAGUCUCACGUUUAGCGAUACAUUGGUGGCUCUUCGCAUAAUGCGAGCUCAGUUUCCACACAUCGAUAAGGUGUCGAUUCAGCCUUUCAUUUUACGAUCACAAUUGUACAGCAGUGUAAAGGACAGAACGCAAGUCGAUAGAGAAUUAGAGUCUUUGAGGAGAGAGAAGCUAUUGCGUAUUUUCAAACUUAAUACUGGACAAGAUGAUCAUGCUGUAAUGUUUGUAGAUGAUUAUUUAAUCCAGAUAGACCGUGUUGUGAAAAGAAUGGAAGAAAAGAAGCAACGUAAUCUUGAAGUUUUUAUGUGGUUUAAAACACAUGUUAUUGAUAACAAGCAGGAUCCUAGUAUUGACCAUCAAGAGCUUUGCUUACUCUUAUCACAUGGCGGAAAGGUGAAGGAUGAGCACAUCUCCCUUUUAAUCAAUGCUGGUCUUCUUACACGCCAACUGAUUGAUCCAAACAUGUACUGGUUUGCAAUUCCAAAUAUCGGUUCAGUACUUAAGGGCCUUUCUCAGGGAAGGAAGGAGCUUAUAUCUCUUUUAAACCGAAGGAGAUAUAAAGAAAUGAUGUUGGCCCCUUUGGAGAAGAUGCGUCUUAGACAGUCUCUGCUUGAUAUGAGGUUUCACCUCCGUGACCUGAUUGGCUCUGGUCACCUUAAAACUGUCAACACGCCAACUGGAUUACUUGUUCGGAUUUCAAAGGAUUAA